AUGGCUCAAGUUCUGGUACCUACACCCCCACCAGGCGGUCCGCGACAAAUUGCGGAUUUUGUAAAACGGCCAAGUUUCGGUCGUCUAGGCAAACCAAUACGUAUCAGGACGAACUUUUACCCGGUGGAAAUGCUGCCAACUAUGAAUAUCCACCAUUAUGAUGUCUCUGUUUCGCCUGACGUUCUUCCGAGGAUAAACCGACAAGUUUACAACACCUUUGUUCAUGUUCACGGUGUGGUGGCUCUUGGAGGCUGUAAACCCGUUUACGACGGACGAAAGAGUUUAUUUGCAGCAAAACAAUUGCCCUUGCAAGAUGCAUCUAGCUACACCGUAACUUUACCUGAGGACGACGGCAGCGAUGCCCAACGAGCGAGGCGGCCUCCUCGCAACUUCAAAAUUACUAUUAGGAAAACGACACAGAUCCAAAUGCAAGAACUAGAAGAUUUCUUGCAUGGCCGCAGUCGGUUAACCCCUACUUGCUUGACUGCUAUCAUGGCAUUGGAUAUUUUGAUCCGACACAAGCCUGCAAUGACCUAUGCGACUGUCGGCCGUGCAUUUUAUACACCGGAAGGUUCCCAGCCCUUGUAUGGGGGGGUUGAAGUCUGGCAAGGCUAUUACCAAUCUGCUCGACCAACCGCCGGAAGGAUGAUGAUAAAUGUUGACGUGAGCGCUACAGCUUUCUAUGAAGGGGGGCCGCUGGUUCCAAUUGUUGUUAAAAUAUUAGGAAGGAGAAAUCCCGACGAUCUUCGAAGAGGAAUUGAUGAGCGCGAUAAAAUUAGAAUUGAAAAAUUCCUAAAGAAUUUAAAAAUCCGGGUGCAUCAUCGUGGUGAUGCGGUCGCUCAUCGUCGAUUUCGAAUCAAUAAAUUGACUGAAAGAUCCGCCGACCAAACUAUCUUUCAAAUCGAUAAUGAACCGGUGGAUGUCGCGACCUAUUUUACGAGAACUUACAAUGUUCGUCUUGCGUUCCCAUUUUUGCCAUGCGUGGUAGUAAGACGAGAGACAUUUUUGCCAAUGGAAGUUUGUAGUGUUAUUGAGGGGCAGCGAUAUUUAAGAAAAUUGAAUGAAAGACAGACGUCAGAUAUGAUCAAGUCCACUUGUCAACCACCUCACCUCAGGGCAAACAAAAUCAACGCCGGUUUGCAAAUCUUGAACUAUCGUGAAAACGAAUUCCUGAGGGAGUUUGGAAUGAAGAUAGGGACGGAAAUGGUUCAGCCACCAGCUAGAAUCCUCCCAGUUCCCACCAUAAACUACCAUCCUUCUUCGCGAGAACCCUCCUUUCAACCACAAGAUGGCGCUUGGAACCUUCGCGGUAAGAAGGUGGCCACAGGAACCACUCUCGGAUCAUGGGGUGUUAUCGUUUUUGGAUCGGAACAGGAAUUUGCUAUUCACACGAUCAAGCAUUUUGUGCGGGAACUUGUCGUUACAUGUGUUGAUACUGGGAUGAACAUCCCUAACAGGGAACCACCAAUCUCCUACGCCAAUCCCCACGGCCGAAUCAACGACACUUUGAAUCGAGCUUGGCUAACCGCGGGAAACACAGCAAAAGCUCAACCCCAAUUGCUUUUAUGCAUCCUUCCAAAUACUGGAGUAUCACUCUACGCCGAAAUUAAACGCAUCGGGGAAACGUCGAUCGGUGUCGUCACUCAGUGUUGCCAAAUUAAACAUGUAAACAAUGCGAAAAAACAGUAUUGUGCCAAUAUUUGCAUCAAAAUUAAUGUUAAAUUGGGAGGAAUGAAUUCGUUCUUAUCACCUGAAUACAUUGGAUUCGUUGCCGAGAAACCGACGAUCAUUAUGGGUGCUGAUGUGUCGCAUCCCGGUCCAGGUGAGAAAAAAGCUUCAAUCACUUCGAUUUGUGGCUCUAUGGACUCCAGAGCCUCCCGAUAUUCCGCGGUCACACGCAUGCAAAACGCUCGCGCUGAGAUCAUCGCAGAUCUCAGUAGUAUGGUCAAAGAAUUAUUAAGAAUUUUUUAUCAAACGUGCGGAAGGAAACCAGAAAGAAUUCUUUUUUAUCGCGAUGGCGUCUCUGAAGGACAAUUCCGAGCGGUUUUGGAUAACGAAUUGAAAGGAAUUCAAGAAGCUUGUCGUUCUUUAGAGGAAACCUACAAUCCGUCAAUAACUUUUGUGGUGGUCCAAAAGAGGCAUCAUACGCGAUUUUUCCCACUAACGAAAAACGAUGCAGAUCGCUCCGGCAAUUGCCAUACAGGAACUGUGGUCGACGCGAUGAUUACACAUCCCAAUGAAUAUGAUUUCUGCAAUCAAGCAGGGUUACAAGGAACUUGCCGCCCUUGCCAUUAUCAUGUAUUGUACGAUGAAAAUGGAUUGGAUCCAGACCAUUUACAAUCACUUUCUUACAACUUAUGUUAUGUUUACGCACGAUGCACCAGAGCAGUAUCAAUGGUACCACCCGUUUACUAUGCACACUUAGCCUGUAUACGAACACGCUUCCAUAUGCAUUCUCUUGAUGAAUCCUCAGCAACGUCUUCCGCAGCUGAAACCGAAGAAGAGGGUCCAAGGAAUUUUGUUGCAGUAUUACCCGAACUUCAAAGGGUUAUGUACUUUAUGUGA